AUGAAAAAGGAGCGAGAGAGAUUGUCAGCGACAACAGCUACCUCUCAAAAAAAAGAAAAAACCUGUCUUCCUUCUCCAAUCCUUAAAAAGCUAGAGGGUAAAGUUACUAUCGUAACAGGUGGUGCUAGCGGAAUUGGUGAAUCUGCAACAAGACUUUUCAUCAAACAUAUUGGUGCAAAAGUAGUAAUUGCAGAUAUUCAAGACGAUCUUGGUCAAUCCAUCAUUAAAGAAAUAGGCAAAAAUAAAGUCAUCUCUUAUGUGCAUUGCAAUGUUAAAGUGGAAAAAGACGUCGAAAAUGUAGUGGACAUGACGGUCUCUAAGUACGGCAAGAUUGAUAUCAUGUUCAGCAACGCAGGAGUUCCAGAAGAACUCGAUUCCACCAUCUUGAAAAUCGACUACGAAAUUUUCAAAAAAGUAUUCGAUGUGAAUGUCUUUGGGACAUUAAUGUGCGCCAAACAUGCAGCCCGUGUGAUGAUACCGGAUAAAAAGGGCAGCAUUAUAUUCACUUCGAGUAUCUCCUCGGUUACAUGUGGCGGUGCGGCGCACACGUACUUGGCAUCGAAGCAUGCCGUGGUAGGGCUAGCCAAGAAUUUGGGUGUUGAAUUGGGACAACAUGGAAUUAGGGUUAAUUGUGUUUCUCCAUUUUGUGUGCCAACUCAAAUGUUGAAGAAUGGUCUUGGAAUUAAUGAGAAAGAAAAGAUUGAGGAAUUUGUGUCUCAAAUUGCAAACAUGAAAGGGACACGAUUGGACGUUGAGGAUGUUGCACAAGCAACAUUGUAUCUUGCUAGUGAUGAAUCAAAGUACAUGUUGUAUAUAAGUGGGAUGAAUAUUGUGAUUGAUGGUGGGUUUAGUACUAUCAAUGUUGCUCUCAAAAAAGACAUUAGCAAUACAUUGAGUUCUUAA